GUGGCGCGUUUCCUCGCCUCGACCCUUGGCGCCCCAUCGCGCAUGCGCUGCGGCCCCGUCUCACCAGCGGCAGCGAAGGAGUUUGGAAGUUCAAAAUGGCCGCCGCGGUGGAGUCUGUGCUGCGGGAGCCCGAAAUUGAAGAUGCAGAUAUUUCUGAGAGAAGUGUCAAUGAAGAAAAUGGUGAAAUAUCAGAAGGAGAACAACCUCAGAAUAAGCACAGCCGACACAAAAAAAAGAAACACAAACACCGAAGUAAACACAAGAAACACAAACAUUCUUCAGAAGAAGACAAGGACAAAAAACAUAAACACAGGCACAAACAUAAGAAACAUAAACGGAAAGAGGUUGUUGAUGCCUCUGACAAAGAAGAUGGACCAGCAAAAAGAACUAAAAUUGAUUUCUUAGCUCCUCUAGAAGAUUUGGAAAAACAAAGAGCAUUAUUAAAAGCUGAACUUGAGAAUGAGUUAAUGGAAGGAAAAGUUCAGUCUGGGAUGGGGUUAAUAUUACAAGGUUAUGAGUCAGGUUCUGAAGAAGAGGGAGAAAUCAAUGAAAAGGUGCGAAAUGGCAAUAGGUCUUCAAAUAAAUCAUCAAACACUAAGGGGAAACUAGAGCUUGUGGACAAUAAAACAAGUUCCAAAAAAGCAAGUAAGAAUGAAUCAAAAGAACGGACUAGGCACAGAGCUGAUAAAAAGAAAAGCAAGAUAGGAAUUGACGGAGUGAAAGAGAAAACAACUAGAAGCAAAUCAAAAGAGAGGAGAAAAUCAAAAAGCCCAUCUAAAAGAACUAAAUCUCAAGAUCAAACAAGGAAAUCAAAGUCUCCAACCCUUAAAAGGCGGUCUCAAGAGAAAAAUAGAAAGUCUAAGUCUCCUCCAGAGGAUAAGAAUAAAGCAGAUGAUAAGAAUAAAGCAAGAGAUCGCAGAAGGUCCCCAGUUGUAAAUGAAAGCAAAAGUCGAGAUCGUGGCAAAAAAUCCAAAUCUCCAAUAGAAUUAAGAAGCAAAUCCAAAGACAGACGGUCACGAUCAAAAGACAGGAAAUCAAGGAGAUCGGAGACUGACAAAGAGAAGAAGCAAAUUAAAUCUCCUUCAAAAGAUGCUUCUUCAGGGAAAGAAAACAGGUCUCCUAGUAGAAGGCCUGGCCGCAGCCCUAAAGGAAGAAGCUUAUCUCCAAAACGUGAUAAAUUACGAAGAAGCAGAUCUCCUCUACUUAAUGAUCGCAGAUCAAAACAGAGUAAAUCACCCUCUCGAACUCAGUCUCCUGGUAGAAGAGCAAAGAGCAGAUCAGCGGAAAGGAAACGAAGAGAAUCAGAAAGGAGGCGUCUUUCUUCUCCCAGAACCCGACCUAGAGAUGAUAUUCUCUCUAGACGUGAGAGAUCAAAAGAAGCCAGCCCACUCAGAUGGUCACCAUCCAGAAGAAGAUCUAGGUCUCCCAUCCGAAGGAGAUCUCGUUCACCACUCCGACGCAGCCGGUCUCCAAGAAGGAGAAGCAGGUCUCCUCGGAGGAGGGAUAGAGGUCGGAGGAGUAGAUCUCGGCUUCGGAGGAGGUCUAGGUCACGGGGUGGUCGUAGACGUAGGAGUAGAAGCAAAGUUAAGGAAGAUAAAUUUAAAGGAAGUCUUUCUGAAGGCAUGAAAGCUGAGCAGGAAUCCUCAUCAGAUGAGAACCUUGAAGACUUUGAUGUAGAAGAAGAAGAUGAAGAAGCCCUGAUAGAGCAGAGAAGGCUACAGAGACAAGCAAUUGUUCAGAAAUACAAGUACCUGACUGAAGACAGUAAUAUGUCUGUGCCAUCUGAACCAAGCAGUCCUCAGAGCAGCACACGUAGUCGUUCAAAUUCACCAGAUGACAUUCUAGAACGUGUAGCUGCUGAUGUUAAAGAGUAUGAACGGGAAAACGUUGAUACAUUUGAGGCCUCUGUAAAAGCCAAACACAACCUCAUGACAGUUGAACAGAAUAAUGGCUCAGCUCAGAAGAAGCUAUUAGCUCCUGACAUGUUCACAGAAUCGGAUGAUAUGUUUGCUGCAUACUUUGAUAGUGCUCGUCUUAGGGCUGCUGGCUUUGGAAAAGACUUCAAAGAAAACCCCAAUCUCAGGGAUAACUGGACUGAUGCAGAAGGCUAUUAUCGUGUUAACAUAGGUGAAGUUCUAGAUAAACGUUACAAUGUUUAUGGUUACACUGGCCAGGGAGUUUUCAGUAACGUAGUGCGAGCCAGAGAUAUGGCCAGAGCAAACCAAGAAGUGGCAGUCAAAAUAAUCAGGAACAAUGAACUUAUGCAAAAAACUGGUCUCAAAGAACUGGAAUUUUUGAAGAAGCUCAAUGAUGCAGAUCCUGAUGACAAAUUUCAUUGUCUGCGAUUGUUCAGACAUUUUUAUCACAAACAGCACCUCUGUCUGGUAUUUGAACCACUCAGUAUGAAUUUACGAGAGGUACUGAAAAAGUAUGGAAAGGAUGUCGGUCUCCACAUUAAAGCUGUUCGGUCCUAUAGCCAGCAGUUGUUCCUGGCAUUAAAACUACUUAAAAGAUGUAACAUCCUACAUGCUGAUAUUAAACCAGACAAUAUAUUGGUGAAUGAAUCUAAAACCAUAUUAAAGCUUUGUGAUUUUGGAUCAGCUUCACAUGUUGCAGAUAAUGACAUCACACCAUAUCUUGUCAGUAGAUUUUAUCGAGCUCCUGAAAUUAUUAUAGGCAAAAUCUAUGAUUAUGGUAUAGAUAUGUGGUCAGUAGGCUGCACGUUAUAUGAACUUUAUACAGGAAAAAUACUGUUUCCUGGCAAAACCAAUAACCAUAUGCUGAAACUUGCCAUGGACCUCAAAGGAAAGAUGCCAAACAAGAUGAUCCGAAAAGGUGUAUUCAAAGAUCAACACUUUGAUCAAAAUCUCAACUUCAUGUAUAUAGAAGUAGACAAAGUAACAGAAAGGGAAAAAGUUACUGUCAUGAGCACCAUUAAUCCAACCAAGGACCUGUUAGCAGACUUGAUUGGGUGCCAACGACUCCCUGAAGACCAGCGGAAAAAAGUACAUCAGCUAAAGGACUUGUUGGACCAGAUCCUAAUGUUAGACCCAGCCAAACGGAUUAGCAUCAACCAGGCUCUGCAACACGCUUUCAUCCAGGAAAAAAUUUAAAUCAGAUGAAGAAGUCCAAAGGGUUUGAGUAGUUAAGAUACAAAGACUGAAGAAAUUUCACAGCAGUUUAUUAAUGUAUAUAAACAUAAAUAUUUCCCCCUGCAAAGUUGAGGAAGAAUGAUAUAUUUGAAUUAACACCAAGGCUGAUAUUUCUUUUAGAAAUGUUAGAGUAAUUCUGUUUGUGUCUUAUGUGAAAAUUUUCACUGUAGAACUGUUUUAAUUGCCAAGACUGCACACAAGUACAAUGCUAAUGUAUAUGGUUGCAGUUCAUAUAUUAUAAAAAAAAAAAAAAAAAAAAGCUUGUUAUAAAAGAACAGUAAUACUGGGUGGUUGAUUUGUUCUUAGCAGACUUGGCUUCAUUUUUGUCUUUAAAAAAUGGCCAGCAUAAAUGCUGUUUAUAUUCACGUUUUCCUAGGUGUGUGUGUGCAGGCCACAGCAGCAUGCCCUUGGUGUAGUCAGUGCCGAAGGGGGUCUGUUCCUUCUUGAGCCUGCCUGCAGGGAUGGUCUCCUCUUUUAAAGCAGGUUGUGUACAACUUUCAGUACACUGAAGGCAUAAACCUUCCACUCUUGAACAAAGCAGCUGCUUUUUAAAAGCGAGAGAAAGGAAAGCGAGGCACAGGCCACUCUACGCCUACUCCAUGGGUCUGAUUUGAUGAGACACCAACUUCACCUUCCUAACAAGGUUAUUUCUGACAGCAUGUGUAGAUAAACAUUUAGCAACAAGUUAAAAAUAGUUUGAAACAUUUGAGUUAGUUAUGCAACAUGAAGAAUCCAGAAUCAAACUUUCCCAAUUCAUACUGCUGUUUUAAAUAGUUUGAGACAAUAAAAAAAUGCAUCUUUUUAUUUCCAUUUAUUAUUUGCAUAAAAGGUAUAGAAAAAACAGAGAUUUAGGGUUUUUUUGUAAUACCCUUUUCAGAUUGUAAAUAGGACUUCUUUAUCCAUCUAGGCACAAACAUGCACACUUAGUGCAAUCAAGGAUGGAAAAUGAGACUAAGCAGUCAUUCUGCUGGUGGGGUGUUCCCCACCAAGGAGAUGUAAUGAACUACAAAGCAGGCAGGUGAUGGGUGAUGUUACAUGCCUAUUUUGAACCUUCAACCUGUCUUUUCUCAGUUUUUAUUUUAAUUUUUGGUGAAAAGUAAAUCUGUUCCUACUUCAACAUAUUAAGUUUCUUGUUCAUACAGGAAAUAGAAUGCAGAUUUCACUCUUACUGAAAUGAAGAACUAGAUACUUGUUAGCUAAUUUCACACACAGAAAUUUGCACUGUUAUGGUGACGCCUAUAACAUAUCCAGCACUUCUGGUGGCAAUUUUACACAGAUGUAGUGAAAUCCUAUUGUUUCUGUUGAUUUUGACCAUUAUUGUGUAUCCCUAUUUAAGAAUCGUGAAAUGAGUUGUCAACUCCAAUAGAAACAAUGCACCUUAUACCUACAGAACUUUUAAAAACUAUUCUAAAGAAGAAUAAAGUUGCUCGUUUACUUGUUCUUUGUGUUGUAGGUGCCGCUCAAAAGAAGAUGAUGACCACCAGAAGACAUGAACAAAGGGUAAGUGGCAGUAAACCUCUGAAGAACCUUUGAAUAUAUUGAUCCAUACACAGAAGGCUGAUCAUUCUGUGAGAAUACAGGAGAUAUAACGUAAUCUUCUACAGUGUAUUAAGUCAUCAACUGUAACUCAUAGUUAUAGCAGCAAAUGUUCAAAGUGGCAAUUGCUUCAAGUUAAUAAAAUAAGAUUUUGGAAGUUA